GAGCUCCAAAAACCCCGCCAAAACUAACAGAAAAUCCCGACUACCUCAACAUAAUUCUCUCUCUAACAGCUCCCUCCCUCUCAAGAAAAAUGGAACCCAAAGACUUCAUGAUCAUCAAAUCAACGGCCAAGAUUCUCCUCCACAUCCUCCUCCUCUCUCUCCUCCACCAAAUCACAACCGCUAAACUCACCGACCAAGAACUUGACUUUGCCCUCUCUUCCCUCCGAUCACACGGCUACACACUUUUCCCCAACGCCAUCGCCACAUCUGAUCUCCGCCUCCAACUCCUCAACCAAUCAAACCACGCGAAGUCGUCAUUCUCAACCUUCACUCUCUUUUCCCCGCCUGACGCCCUCCUCUCCUCUCUUGACCUUGCCUCCGCUGCUUCUCGCUACACCAAAUCCCUCUCCCUCCAUGUGUCACCCUUACGCCUGUCAACUUCAGAUCUAAGAAAGUUGACCGCCUCCUCCGGUGGGGCCUCCGUUGACUCUUUGGUGCCGAAUCACCGUCUCUUGAUCAAUAACUCUCUGGCUCACGUAAACGGUACCGUUGUAGAGUCCGUUUUGGUUAAUCGGGUUCGGGUUUCAGUUCCGGAUCUUUUUCUCUGUCCUUCCAUUGCUGUUCAUGGACUUGACGGCGUUAUUGUUGCUGGAUUCGAAGACAGAGUCGAAGACACGUCGUUUGAGGCUGCGACGUCGUCUCAGAUUGGCGCUAUUUGGUCUCAGGAGCUGAAUUCUCCACUGGAGGGGAGGAGGAAUGGUGACAGGAGAGGGAACAAUCGCCGAGGGCGGAUCCUCAAAGGAGGCACUCGCGGUGAUGUUGUUUCGGAUGGUGCAUUUGCAAGGUUUAAUCACCAUUAAUUUUUUGUUAGUUUCCGUGAUUUUUUUCCUGUUAAGGUCUGUUUGGAUUUUGGAGCGCUAAUGGAUUCUUUACUUGGAUACUUUUGAAAGAAUCCAAACAGAACCUUAAUUUGCUCUGAAUAUUAUUUUUUUGGAUUCAGAGCCUCUUUGGAUGCUGAGAAAUUGGUAGGAUUGUUUUCUUGGCAUGUUUUUCUUAACCAAACAGUUUAUGACCCAGAAUAUUAGUUGCAAAUG